UAGGCCCACAAAGCCUUGCGGUUACCUUAGCUGCCAUCUUGGAUCUUUGACAGGUCGCGCGGAGGAUAGUUGAGUUUCCGAAAAUGAUUCGGUUUAUUCUGAUCCAAAAUCGGGCAGGAAAAACCAGACUGGCAAAAUGGUACAUGAAUUUUGACGAUGAUGAGAAGCAGAAGCUUAUAGAAGAGGUUCAUGCACUGGUUACUGUCAGAGAUGCAAAGCACACGAACUUUGUAGAGUUUCGCAAUUUCAAGAUUGUAUAUCGUCGUUAUGCUGGACUGUACUUCUGUUUCUGUGUGGAUGUGCAUGAUAACAACUUGUAUUACCUAGAGGCCAUUCAUAAUUUUGUGGAGGUCUUGAAUGAAUUUUUUCACAAUGUCUGUGAAUUGGAUUUGGUGUUUAACUUUUACAAGGUAUAUUCUGUUGUUGAUGAGAUGUUUUUGGCUGGUGAGAUUAGAGAGACAAGUCAGAGCAAAGUAUUAAAGCAGCUUCAAAUGCUACAACAAUUAGAAUGAUGUCAUUUCGUAUCAGUGCACUCUCUGAGACAGCAUAAUUAAACAUUAAAGUAGUGACUUACUCCUUUACAUAUAAGUUUUAGAUUAAGAAUUAUAGCCGGGCUAAUGCAAAUUUCUGUAUUUGACCACCUGUACCAUUUAAGACGUGAUAUGGAAUACAAAAGCCAGAAUCCUUCUCUUCAUCUUUUUCUCAGGCUAAUUAGGGGAUUUCUUAGUCCACUGAGGUUUAGAAAUUUAAAUCAUCGUCAACCUUCUUGAGACGCAUUUAAAAGGCCUGUACUGUCUUUUGCCAUCUUUCAGCUUUCGCUCCCAAGGCAGGUACAUGCACUUACGUUCUUUAUCAGCUGAAUGAAAUGACUUCCUGCAAGUGUCCUGUUGGAGUCGAAUUGAAAAAAAAGGAGUCCUUACAUUGGUUAUUAAGGCUGCUUCCCAUCUUCAAGGGCACAAAAAAGUAGUUUUUUUCUUUUGUUUGACAAAAUUUAAGUCAAUCAUUUUAUCUAAUGUUUACAAAAGAAAAAUCUUGAAAAUCUUAAAAAGCUGUCGAGUUAUUUAGAAAAAACGUAUUUUCAAAUAAAGUUAAU